UGGUAAUUGGGGGUCCUUUGGGGUAGAUAGACUCACCGAGAAACUACUUGCAGACUGCAUUUGCGACAAAACUGACCACAACAAAAUAUAUCAGCUAGUAUAUAUAUGAAAAGAAUGGACACUGUUGACAAAGAGUCCACACCUGUUAAGAUCAAUGAUUAUUUUCUAAGUCCAGGGAAGAAGAAUGGAGUUGACAAUGGUAUCCCAAAGUCCCAAUUUCCAACAUCUGAAUCAAACUCUAAGACUAAUGUUGAAAAAGCAUCUCAAAAUGAAAGAAGAGAAAUUAACAGAGCAACCUUAGCUGUCAAUUCUCCCAGGGCAAAGAUGAACAAGAAAAAAAAAUUAGUAGAGACGCGGCAAGACAACAAACUGUUAACAGAUUAUUUUCCUGUGAGAAGAAGCAGUCGCAAACCUAAGUCAGAAUUAGAGAAAGAAAAAAAAGCUGCAAUUGAGGAAAAAGUACUGAAAAAUAUUGAGGAAGGUUUAGAGGUUGUUGACUUAGGGGAGAAAGGACGAGGCGUCAUUGCAACCAAACAUUUUUAUCGUGGAGAUUUUGUUGUGGAAUACGCAGGAGACCUCAUUGAUCUCUCAACAGCAAAGCAGAGAGAAAAGAAGUAUUCAGAGAAUCCACAAUUUGGUUGUUAUAUGUACUAUUUUGUACACAAAAAUAGAAAUUACUGUAUCGAUGCAACAGCAGAGAGUGGAAGAUUGGGCCGACUCAUCAAUCACAGUAAAACAGCAGGCAACUGUCACACCAAGCUGACGGAGAUCAAGAACCGACCGUACCUCAUGUUGAUGGCCUCGAGAGACAUUUCGGUCGGUGAAGAACUUUUGUAUGAUUACGGUGACAGAAACAAGGACUCCCUAGAAUCUCAUCCGUGGUUAAAACUUUGAUUAAUUUAGUUUACCAUGGUCUUGUUUUGUUAUUGUGUUAAUAAAAUUGUAGAUAGGCAUCAUUGUUUUUUUUUUUGUUGUAUCAACAUGAAAUCAUCUGACAUUAAAAUUGUAAA